CUGUAUUAUGACUCCACAUUGUUAUUGGUAUUGCAUUGUACCUGCUUUUCUGAAUCUUGUUCCUUCAAAUUCGUAAAUUUUAGUGUUCUACCACAUUUAUUUAGUAUGAGUAUGAAUGAGCACAUAAAAGUAGACGAUGAUGGAGAUCUGUCGGAUGACGAGAAGAAAAAACUCCUUGAAGAUGGUGUCUUCACAACAACAGCAACACCUAAGCUCACAUACAAUUGGGUGGACAUCACAGAGGAGUUUACAUCAUUGGCCAAGACUCUCAACCUUGGUGAGCUAUUGCUUGACAAGCACUUUGGGCUUUAUGAGGCCAUGUCUGCUGUGGAGAUGAUGGAUCCUAAGAUGGACGCAGGAAUGAUGUGCAACCGUAGUGACAAACCAACAUUAACAUUUGACAAGGGUGUGGAGCUGGGUGUUUUACGCUUGGAAGGAUUGGAUUUGUUGGAACAAAUUGGAGUAAUGGACCAGGUCUUUGCAUGCUUUGUUUCCUGGAUAGAGGGAAAUUCACUUGCUCAAACUGUGUUUGCAAAUCUUUACCUACACAAGCCAUUUUCCAUUGAGGAGCGUUCACUGAAAGCAUUUUGCAUCACUGCCUACAAAAUGGUGGAAAUUAUCAAGCACUUUAUAGAUCAGGCUGCAGUGUUUGAAGAGGAAGACUAUCAACCCAUGCAGUAUGGUUAUCGUUUAGUCCCAGAUGUUUCUGAGCAGAGGACAGUGGGUAUGCUCCGUGAAGUAGAAGAAGACUUAUUUCGAAGACUAAGACAACGACCUCCUCAAAGAGAAGCGGACUGCCUUGGAGCAUUACUUGCACGUAUAAAAUUUAUAAGACUUCUCUACUCUGUUCUUGGUGUUCUUGGGCGUCAAGACACUGAGCCUGAAGCAAGGAAAGAGCUGAGACCAGAGAGUGAGCUUCACAAGGCUCUUAAUAUGUGCUCUGAACAACUAACUAUAAUGCGAAGUACUAUACCUCUGGCGAUUCCCUCAGAUUCACCAAAACUUGGAUUUGAGCCCCUGGCCAACCAACGUCUUUUACCACCAACAUUUCCUAGAUAUGCUAAAAUAAAAUCGCGUGAUGAAGCUUUCACUUACUAUGAUGACUUGAUACAACGACUUAGGGUUGUUUGCAAAAUUUAUAGCCAUGCAUCAUUUCAUACAGCUUUGGACUUUUUUAUGGAAUUUAGCAGGCAAAAACCAUGUCUUUUAUCUAGAUCAGUACUUCAGGUACUGUACAUUCCGCAGCCAUCAAGCUUGCUGACUAAUACUCGUGUGGUUGAAGUGCUGAGGGAAGCUGCGAAGUCAUUUAUAUGCCCACCAUCACUAGCGUCUAAAACAUUACUUGCGUCUAAUACACAGGCUAAGGAGUUUCUUGAUAUGUUUCUCCUUCAUUGUGGUCGUCCAUUUGUCCAAUUAAUACAAUUGUGUGGCCACAAUCGGGCAAGACAAAGAGAAAGGCUUGCACACUUACUUGAAGACUUUUCUAAUCUUCAGGAUGAGGCUGAAAAAGUUGAUGCGUAUCUUCACAAUUUGACUUCAAAAUCAGAGGGAAGAAGAUCUCACCUUGCAUGUUUUGGGACAUGGAUUUUGUACCAUACCCUUCGGAUCAUGAUCAUGUACUUGCUCUCUGGAUUCGAACUUCAAUUGUAUUCUGUUCAUGAAUAUCAUUACAUCUACUGGUAUUUGUACGAAUUCCUCUAUGGAUGGCUUCUUUCAUCUCUAUCUAGAGCAGAUAGUCUUUUAUUAGAACAGGAAUCGUAUUUGGAAAAGGAAAACUCUCGUGGUAAAGGCAAGAAAAAUAAAGUGAAACGUAAAAAGGGUUGCCGACCAUAUGCUAGGGACAUCACUCUUUGUCAAGUUUAUCAGAAUCUGUGUGGAGGUUACUAUAAGGCUGCUAUUGCAUUUCAACGAACUGGGAAGAUAAAUAUUCCAAAGUCAGAGUUUGAUUGUGAAAAGGUGCGCUAUGAGCAUCGGUUCUUGCCAUUUUCUUCUCUUCACACACCGCCACCCAUGCAAUACACAGAAUUUUGUGACAUGACUAAAACAAUGGAGACUCAAAUAUGUGUACAAAGUGAAAAGCAAUCUCCUGACCACACAAGGUUAUUCAUGGCUGCCUGCAAGAACUUUCAUCAGGCUAGAACUUUGCUUGAAAUAAUGGCUAGUUCUGAUCAGGAGAUAAAUAAUUUGCUAUUGGUGGCAAAAACAAAUUUCGUUGUUUUGAAAUUGCUUGCUGGAGGUCACAAGCAGGAUUCUAAUACUCCUCCCAUUUUUGACUUUAGUCAGCACUGUCAUUUUCCCAUCAUAAAGUUAAACUAAGUGCUGUUUCAAACGAAGAAAUUUAUGUUGAUAUCUUUCUCUUCCUUUGAAGUUACCACUAUAGAAGUUUGCCAUUUAUCUAUCUAUAAAUUGGCUAGUGAGUGAGCCAGUACUAACAAUUCCAGAGUUCAUGUAUGAUUUGGUUCAUUUCUUAUUGAACCCUUGUUGAAUUUAAGGCUUAAUUAAAAGUAUUCAUUGUGUGAAAAGCUGAUACAUCUUCUCUGUUUUCUGUGAUGGUCUUGUUUACAAUAAAUUCAGUUGAUGUGUUUUAGUGUCCACUCUCUGUAAAUACCUUUUUAAAUCGUCCACCUUCAUGGAGGUGGAUCCAUGAAGGAUAUAUUUGUGUAUUUGUGUAUUCUAUUCAUAAACUGAACUAAUUGUGCUAGUCAUACCAACUAAUGUUGAUCAAGCCAUCUUUUGUCAGAUUGCUCUAUGCAAAGUGGAGAGUUAGCUUACAAUGUGUAAUUUGCUUGUAAAAAUUUGACUGUUUUUCAAGAAGGUGACAUUCAGUCAGGACUGAAGGAGUCGUACAAAGUCACAAUUAAGAGAAUGACGUGUGCGUUCUGUACUGAGGUGAGCUGCUUUAUUUGUAUGUGAAGUUGCCAAUUUUGUGUCAUCAUGUGUUUCUUAUGUCUUGUCUGAGUUACUAAUCUUGCUUUUUAUGGUGAAAUUGUCUUAUAUUUGUGUGAGGUUGUUUCCUCUUGGUAUUAGUUUUAUAACUAAGUAAAAUUGUAUAUAGAUAGAUAGGAUUGUCAGAAUGUGAUAGAUCGGCAGCAACCUUUUGCAAGGGUAGAUUUCACAUCCUUUUGGAGAUGUGUGUCUAUAUAUGUAAUAGAACAAAAUGGUUUGACUCUUAGGUACAAACCCAAUUUGCAUUUUCUCUAAUUAAAAUUUGUAAGUGAUGAUAGUUUUUCUAUGACAUCAGCAAUUUUUUGUUGCAUGAAAUUUUAUUUUCAAGUGGCAGUAGACAAGCAUCAAACAGAUUAUAAAACCACUGUUGAUUUUCAUUAUUUUACUCUACAUACAUAUUUUAUUGUACCAAUAUUUUGAUUGUAUUUAUGUGUACGGCCUUGGUAUCGCACAUUUUAAUAUAAUUUGUCUGGUCUUAUUGUUGAUAAUGGUUUUGUAAUUGUUAUGUACUCAUGUUAACAAUCAUAGCAAACACAAGAACAUUCUGAUGUUUAAAUCAUCUCUUAUCAAAUUCGAUUUGUGCAACUCAUGAAAUUCACUGUCUCCCUUGUGACAAUUUUAAGAGAUUCAUUAAUACAUUAUUGUUGUAUUA